GUAUCACUGUAACCAGUUUGAAUUCAGCGCUCGGUGUGCGUCACACUGCUCGUGUAGAGUACAAACACUUCAUAAACAUAGGACUUACACCAGAUUUUUUUUCCCCUCUUUUUUCGCGCGGGAGAAAACCAAAAAAAACAAGAAUGCGCGCGACUGCUGCUUUUUCUGCCUGCGUCCUCAUCGUGUCCCUCCUGGACCAAGUGAGUGUGUACGCAAACCUAGUGGGCAAAUAUGGCGAAACUGUUGAGGUGCCUUGCAACAAAAAAGGAGACAUCAAACUAGAGGACAUCAGAAUAACUAAAUGGAAAUAUACCAAAGUGGACGGCACUGUCGUCGAUCUUCUGAGAAAAUCUCAUCAAAACAUCACGUUCUUGCAAAUCGAGGAGUACAAUGGCAGAAUCAAUCUCACAAACACCCUCGCCCUGCAAAUUUUCAAGGCAAAAAUGGCUGAUCAGAAGACAUUCACCUGUAUGGUGGUGACAGACGGAGACGUAUUCGAGUAUCCAGUUGAAGUGAUAAUUGAGAAGGUCCCUUCUCCACCUACAAUCACAAAUCAAUCCAAAGUCAUAGAGCUCGGCAAACUAACGACGCUGGCAGCUUGUUCUGCUAAAGAUGCCAAUCCCCCAGCUACCAUCACCUGGCUGAAGGACAAUGUUACACUCGUACCUGCUGAGAACGUGGUGAAAAUCACACCAAUCCUGGAGACAGACAAAAACACCGGCCUCUCGACUGCAACCUCCAAGCUCGAGUACGCAGCAACAAAAGCAGAUAUGAAUGCCAAGUUCACUUGUGCCGUCCAUCAUAAGAACCUUGCCUCAGACCUUGUGUCUUCUCCUAUGACUUUUGUCGUCCACUACCCCAGUGAAAAGGUCAGCCUCCAGGUCUUGUCUGCACUCCCAAUAAAGGAGGGAGACAACGUGACCCUGAAAUGUGCGGCUGAUGGGAACCCCCCUCCGACCAGCUACAAUUUUCAUAUCAAGGAAAAGAAGGUGACCACUGAGAAUUCGGACACUUACACACUCAUCGGCGUCAGUCGGGCCGACAGCGGGGAUUAUAAGUGCUCCCUGGUGGACAACGAAGCAAAGACAGGCUCUGCCAGUUUUACCGUAAUGUACCUCGAUAUCACCAAUAGCACCAAGGGAAAGAUUGUUAAAAACCUAACCGAGAGCUUUGAGGCAGCAUUGGUGGUGAACGCCUCCGGAAUUGUCAACAUAUCAUGGACAAAGAACAACGUCAAACUGAUUAGCAAGCCCAAGUUCGACAGGCUGAGGUACUCAGACUCUGGAAUGUACGAGUGUGUGGUUUCAUUGGCUGGACUUGUCAAAAAAGCAUCAUUUGAGCUGAGUGUCCAAGGUGCUCCAGUUAUCACUAAGCUGAGUAAGUGGCCCAUAAACGAAGGCAAGCUUCUGAGCUGCAAGGCUGAAGGUUCACCCAAACCCACUGUGCAGUGGAGCAUCAACGGCACUAAAGCUUCUGAGGGUAUCUCAGCGGAUGGAACCAUCACAUACAAUCUCACGGUGGCUCCAACAGGCAAUGUCACAGUCAGCUGCACAGUUUACAGUGAGCUGGGAUACGCAACAAAGAGCAUCGACAUAUCCACAUUGCCUGAUGAUACAACAGAGAUAACAGACAAAAGGGCAGAAGAGGAAGAAGACUCAAACAAUCAGACACAAGUAGUAGUAGGGGUUGUCUUAGGCCUGAUUGUGGCUGCUGUUGCUGUCGCUCUUGCCUACUGGAUCUACAUGAAGAGAACCAGGGAGGGCUCCUGGAAAACAGGAGAAAAAGAGAACGGCACACUGGAGGAAAGCAAAAAACUGGAGGAAACUCAGAGUCAAAAAGCAGAUGCGUAAAACCAAAGGAUACAUUGUAAGUAAGAAGGAGAGGAGGCAGUAUUGUAGCAGACUGUAUUGCAAACUACAGAAAGGUUUGGGAAGCUGAUGGGAGACCCUGUUAUUUGGUUGAUGAACCAUUAUCUGAUCCAGUGUGUAUAAUGUAUAUCACCAUCCUUACAAGUGAGCGAUUUAAUAAAAGGUUUGUGUUGUAUAAUUGUGAAUCUCCUUCACUGAGGAUUAACCGUGGAAUGAACAUGUUGAAAACAUAACUGUAAAACUUAAUUUUACUUUGCUGUUUAAUAUUUGCUGCAUUGAAAAAAUUGUUGCCUUUUUGUUGUUGUUGUUUAUUGUUUAUUAAACAUAGAUUUCAUUUGUUCAGGUCAAUUUACCUCAACACAAGCCUGUAAACUGUGACUCUGUUUGUGUUUUGGAAUAAGAGAUGCAUCGUGCUGUUUGAUUUUAAGUUUUUUAUUAUUAUUAUUCGAUUUUUUUUUUUAUUAUUAUUAUUAUUUUUUACAUCUCUGCGGCCAUGUAUAGUACCUGAUCUGGAACUUCAGUUUGUUUGUUUGUUUUUUAAAUUCAUUAAGCACUUGGUUAUUUUUUUAUCAAGAUGCAAUGAUAAUUCAGAAAUAAACCAGUUCAGAAGUUAAAAUACGCAUGCAUGUACAUUUUCAGUGUCCUUUUUUUUUUUUUUUUUUUUGGCAUAAGAAUCAUAAUCUCUAUUUAAAUAUUAAACAUUACAUUUAAAAUCUUUUCAAAUUUCAAUUGUUUGGCAAAAUAAUAAUUAAAUAAUUAAAAAGCUCAUAAAUGACACGGUGCUAAAUGCUUCAUGUUUAGAUUUUUGAAUUGUUUUAUAAGAGUCCCUGACUGCAAAUACUAGAUUAACCAUAUCUACAGUACUGAUAUGUUGCUUGUAAUAAAAAAAAAAAAACAUUGAUGUACACCUAAUAGUUUUAUUUGAAUUCAGCACCUAUUUUUGUUAGUUACACAUACUAAUUUACAUUAACAUGUUAUUCAUUUGUGUGACAGGAUUUAACCAAUCAGUGUACAGCUGUGUGUUUUACCUUGAAAUAUAAUCCUAAUUGCUUGA